CAUGAACGCGCAGACACGCCGCGGCUUUAACCCCUAACCCUAACCCUGGAAGAGACGGGCAGCCCUCCGGAGGAUGGACGGCAGCAGGCUGUGAACGGCGGCCCGCCAGCAUGUGACAUGAACCGGGACAAAACAGCGAGCGAGGCCGGUGACAUGAUGUUGGUCCGGAGCUCGCACGGCCGAGGGCGAGCCAGAGUGAGUCAUGCGGUGGUUGUGAUCUUCCUGGAGUUCUUCGCCUGGGGGCUUCUGACUACGCCCAUGCUGACUGUCCUUCAUGAGACGUUUCCUCAGCACACCUUCCUGAUGAACGGCCUGGUUCAGGGAGUGAAGGGCUUCCUGUCGUUUCUGUCGGCUCCUCUGAUCGGUGCGCUGUCAGACAUCUGGGGCAGGAAGUCGUUCCUCCUGAUGACGGUGUUCUUCACCUGCGCUCCGAUCCCCUUCAUGAGGAUCAGCCCCUGGUGGUACUUUGCUCUGAUCUCAGUCUCAGGAAUCUUCGCUGUAACUUUCUCGGUGAUCUUCGCGUACGUUGCCGACAUCACAGAGGAGCACGAGAGGAGCACCGCCUACGGCCUGGUGUCGGCUACCUUCGCUGCCAGCCUGGUGACGAGCCCGGCCAUCGGAGCGUACCUGUCCUCACGCUACAGCGACAGCCUGGUGGUGCUGGUUGCCACGGUGAUCGCCGUGGCCGACAUCGCCUUCGUGUUCUUCCUGGUUCCCGAGUCGCUGCCGGAUAAAAUGCGUCUGACGUCUGACUGGGGCUUCCCAAUCUCCUGGGAGCAGGCCGACCCCUUCGCUUCUCUGCGUCGAGUAGGUAAAGACUCCACAGUGCUGCUGAUCUGUGUCACAGUGUUCCUGUCCUACCUGCCAGAGGCUGGACAAUACUCCAGCUUCUUCCUCUACCUGAAACAGGUGAUCGAGUUUACUCCAGCAGCCAUCGCCGCCUUCAUCGCCAUGGUGGGAAUCCUCUCUAUAGUCGCUCAGACUCUGUUCCUCAGCGUUCUCAUGAGAACCAUUGGGAACAAGAACACGGUUCUCCUGGGUCUGGGCUUCCAGCUCUUCCAGCUGGCCUGGUACGGCUUCGGUUCUGAACCCUGGAUGAUGUGGGCAGCAGGAACCGUAGCAGCGAUGUCCUCCAUCACAUUCCCAGCUGUCUCUGCUAUGGUGUCACACAGCGCAUCACCUGACCAGCAAGGUGUGGCUCAGGGAAUGAUCACAGGUAUCAGAGGUUUGUGUAAUGGUUUGGGUCCAGCUCUGUACGGCUUCAUCUUCUUCCUCUUCAACGUGGAGCUGACCGACAUUCCUGUAGCAGGAAGACCUGCUCCGCCUACAGAGAAGUCGAUCAUCCCCGGCCCGCCCUUCCUGUUCGGAGCGUGUGCCGUCCUAUUCGCUCUGCUGGUCGCCGUCUUCAUCCCCGAGCGUCACCGAUUGGCCGACGUGAAGACUUGCUCCGCCCGUAAGUCGAGCUCCGCCUCCGCUCAGGACGCCGCGCUAACGCCGGCUAGCGACGCCGAGGACAUCGAGCCGCUGCUACAGGACAGCAGCAUGUGACCCGCGGCCAAUGGCAGCGCAGGAGGCUCUCCGCUAGUCCCGCCCCCUCCACGAUGAACCAACCACCACUUUCUGUUUCUUCUUCUUCUUUUUUCUUCGGAUUCAGACGAACGGCGGCGUUAGACGGCAGUCACACGAUGAAACGGCUCCGAGCGCCCCCUGCUGGUGAAUCAGAACUACA